AUGCAUAUGCGAGGCUUCACUGUGGCAGACGACCCCGAAACCUUACGAAUCAAAGCGAAUACGAAGAUCAUCAGCAAUGUGGCGUACCACGGUGAUCUCGAGAAGAAGGCCCAGAUGGAACGGCAGCGCCAGAUCAACGAGAACGGGGAAAUUGUCGAUGCACCAACCGACAAUUACCAUCAACAAAUCGAAAACUACGCCACAGAGAUGCUGCCCCCCACAACAGCUCCCCAUCUACCCCCAAAAAACCAUUACCAAACACCCCAAACACAAUAUCAAAACCGUCAAUACAAAUCUGAGUAUAAACCAGAGCAGAACACUUACAAACCUGAACAGAACCCAUACAAACCAGAACAGUACCGCUCAGAACAGUACCGUCCGGAACAGUACAGGCCGGAACAGUACCGUCCGGAACAGUACAGGCCAGAACAGUACCACCCGGAGCAGUACAGGCCAGAAUACAGGCCCGACAAUUACACUGAGCAAUAUUACAAUCCAAAAUACGAGGACCCCCAAUACGGGUACAAUUACCAACAAGGUCAUGGGCAGCAGAAGAUUGGUCGGAUCCAGGAUUAUGAUCCUUUGACUGAUGGUCCCAGGACUGUACCGAAUACGCAGAGGGCGUCGGCGACUUUGAUUUAUAAUAGCACCAGUGAUAAACGAGGUUUGUAUUUGGUACCUUUUACACUACCAUGCCCUAUACAGGGU